ACAACACUAGUAAAUUUUAACCCAAUAAAGCACCAUCUUUUUCCUGGAAAUUCAAGACCCAUGAGCCCAGUUUUCACACCCACACAAUUCUUUUUCACACCUUCUCGAAUGGGUCUUGAAUAAAUCUUGAUUUCUUUCUUGUUUUCAGGCUCUUUUUCAGAAUCUUGGUGUAUAAUUAUAAUACCAAUACUAUCACUCUCAGCUUUUGUAUGGAGGUGAAGAAAGACAAGCUUGUGAGGUUUUAUUCUGAUGCUAAGUUGAGGAAAGAUGCUUUAUGGGCAAGAAGUGAUCCUUCAUAUCUACAAAAGUCAUCAUCAGGAUACAAUGUUUCAUCUUCCUUGCUAAAAGGUGACGCUGGGUUACCUAGCAGAUAUAAAAUAUCUGACAAUCUUAAAACUGUGAAGUCUAAGGUGUUUUCGGAGGACUAUGAGCCAUGGAGUAAGAGGAUUCUUGAUCCGGGUAGUGAAAUUGUGCUUCAGUGGAACCGCAUUUUCAUAAUCUCGUGUUUGCUGGCACUUUUUAUUGAUCCACUGUAUUUUUACUUGCCAAGUGUUGGUGGAAGCAAGGAAUCAUGGUGUGUGAAGACGGAUUUGAAUCUACGAAUUAUAGUGACUUGUUUCCGCACUGUUGCCGAUUUAUUCUAUAUUUUGCACGUGGUAAUUAAAUUCCGAACUGCUUAUGUUGCACCAAGUUCUCGGGUGUUUGGGAGGGGGGAGCUUGUUAUGGAUCCCCAGAAGAUUGCUCGUAGAUAUAUGAGGUCUGACUUCUUUAUAGAUUUAAUUGCAACACUGCCUCUUCCUCAGAUCGUCAUCUGGUUUAUUAUUCCUGCCACUAGAAGUCCAGGAGCUAAUCAUAAUAACAAUGCCCUUGCAUUGAUUGUGCUACUCCAAUAUAUUCCGAGAUUUUAUCUGAUUUUCCCAUUAAGUUCACAAAUAAUUAAGGCAAACGGAGUUGUGACAAAAACUGCUUGGGCAGGGGCUGCAUAUAAUCUGCUACUCUACAUGUUGGCUAGCCAUGUUUUAGGGGCGGCAUGGUACUUGUUGUCACUGGACCGUCACGCCUCAUGCUGGAAAUCAAUAUGCCAUAGUGAAACCAGUUCUAGAAAUUGCUCUGAAUAUUUGAAUUGUUAUGCCUUCAACCAUGAUACUCGCAGGACUUGGGCUGACAGUACUAAUGUGUUUAAAAAAUGUAAUCCCGACAAUGAGAUUGACUUUAAGUAUGGCAUCUUUGAAGAUGCAGUCAAGAAAAAUGUUGUCUCCUCAAAUUUUAUGGAGAAGUAUUUCUAUUGUUUGUGGUGGGGUCUACAGAACUUAAGUUCAUAUGGGCAGAAUUUAUCAACAAGCACAUAUAUCGAGGAGACAGCAUUUGCCAUACUCAUCGCCAUUGUGGGUCUCGUGUUAUUUGCACAUUUAAUCGGCAAUAUGCAGACGUACUUGCAGUCCUUAACAGUCAGGCUUGAGGAGUGGAGACUCAAACGACGUGACACUGAGGAGUGGAUGAGGCAUCGCCAACUACCUGAAGAUUUGAGGCAACGUGUUAGGUGUUAUGUUCAAUACAAAUGGCUUGCAACUCGUGGAGUAGAUGAAGAAACUAUACUCUAUGGUUUGCCUGCUGAUCUUCGUCGAGACAUCCAACGUCACUUAUGCCUGGACCUUGUUCGACGUGUCCCAUUUUUCUCCCAGAUGGAUGAUCAGUUGCUUGAUGCUAUAUGUGAACGUCUUGUCUCCUCUUUAAGCACUGAGAAUACCUACAUUGUUCGUGAGGGAGACCCUGUGGGAGAAAUGCUCUUUAUUAUUAGAGGGAGAUUAGAGAGUUCUACUACAAAUGGAGGACGCACAGGCUUCUUUAAUUCUAUAACAUUAAGACCUGGAGAUUUUUGUGGAGAGGAACUUCUUGCAUGGGCUUUGCUCCCAAAAUCAACUGCCAACUUGCCUUCUUCAACCAGAACAGUUAGAGCACUGGUUGAAGUGGAAGCUUUUGCAUUGCGAGCUGAAGACCUUAAAUUUGUGGCCAAUCAAUUCAGGCGCCUCCAUAGCAAGAAGCUUCAGCAUACAUUUAGGUUCUACUCGCACCAUUGGAGAACAUGGGCCGCAUGCUUUAUACAGGCUGCCUGGCGACGAUAUAAGAGGAAAAUGAUUGCAAAAGACCUUCUUGCACUCGAGUCAUUUAAUUUAAGUGAGCAAAGUCUUGAUGGGGCUGAAGAAGAGGAUGAAGAAGACAAGAAGUCUGGUAGUUUGAAAAAUUCUCAGGUAAAAAUGAACCUUGGGGUGACAAUAUUGGCCUCAAGAUUUGCGGCAAAUACCCGGAGAGGAGCUCAAAGAAUUAAGAGCGUAGGGUUGCCUAAUGUACCUAAAAAACCCGAAGAACCUGAUUUUUCUGGCGAGCCUGAUGAUUAGUUUCCUCCACUAGUUAAAAUGUAUAUAUAAUACAAAGUUUCCAAAAGUGAAACCUUUCAUAGGAUUUUACAACUGUAUCAGAGCUCACUUCCACUGUUUAGGAACUCAACCUUCCAUUGGUGAAGAGGUAUUUUAUGGAUAGGGUGGCCCAAAGCGACAGCCAUUGCAGUCCAUGUAAGUUAUGUUCAAUCGCAUCUGAUCCUGUUUCUUUGGCAGCUAUAUAUGAUAAUUUCCACAACCAUGGAUUUGACAAUGUAACCCACUUAUCUUUUCCUAAUAUUUAAUUGAAGUCAUAUGAGUGA